CCCGCCCCGCGCUGCCCUCGCCCGGGACGCGCUGCCGCACCGACACCCUCGCCGCGCCCGGCACCGAGCAGCUCCCGGCGGCGUGCGGGGAAACACGCCCCGGCCCCGCGCCCCGAGAUUUCUGUCGCUGAGCGUUUGACACUGUGUGCCAAAGAAAUGGUGAUGGAGAAGCCAAGUCCCCUGCUUGUAGGGCGGGAGUUCGUGAGACAGUACUACACCCUGCUGAACAAAGCUCCUGACUUCCUGCACAGGUUUUAUGGCAGGAAUUCUUCUUAUGUGCAUGGAGGACUCGAUGCCAGUGGGAAACCUCAAGAGGCAGUGUAUGGUCAAGCUGAGAUACACAAGAAGGUGAUGUCCCUGCAAUUCAGCGAGUGCCACACCAAGAUCCGUCACGUGGACGCUCACGCCACUCUGAGCGACGGCGUGGUCGUGCAGGUCAUGGGGGAGCUGUCAAACAAUGGGCAGCCCAUGAGGAAGUUCAUGCAGACUUUUGUGCUUGCUCCAGAAGGAUCUGUUCCAAACAAGUUCUAUGUCCAUAAUGAUAUCUUCAGAUAUGAAGAUGAAGUAUUUGGGGAUUCAGAAGGAGAACUUGACGAAGAGUCUGAGGAAGAGGUGGAAGAAGAGCAGGAGGAAAGACAACCAUCACCUGAACCUGUACAAGAGAAUGCAAGCAGUACUUACUAUGAAAACCAUCCUGUCACGAAUGGGAUAGAGGAGGCACUGGAAGAAUCAUCUCAUGAACCUGAGCCAGAAUUGGAAUCUGAAACAAAGACUGAGGAGCUGAAAGCUGAAGUAGAAGAAAAGACCCUUGAGGAACUAGAAGAGAAGUCUCCGUCUCCACCUCCUGUAGAGCCUGUUUCACUACCACAAGAACCACCAAAGGCUUUCUCUUGGGCUUCAGUGACCAGUAAAAACCUGCCUCCUAGUGGUACUGUUUCUUCCUCUGGAAUUCCACCCCAUGUUAAAGCACCAGUCUCACAGCCAAGAGUGGAAACUAAACCUGAAGCUCAGUCUCAACCUCCUCGUGUUCGUGAACAGCGUCCCAGGGAAAGACCAGGCUUCCCACCCCGAGGACCUCGACCAGGGAGAGGGGACAUGGAACAGAACGAGUCGGAUAAUCGUCGGAUAAUCCGCUAUCCGGACAGCCACCAGCUCUUUGUGGGGAACUUGCCGCACGACAUCGACGAGAGUGAACUGAAAGAGUUCUUCAUGAGCUUUGGAAAUGUGGUAGAACUUCGCAUAAAUACUAAAGGAGUGGGAGGAAAACUGCCUAAUUUUGGUUUCGUGGUAUUUGAUGAUUCUGAGCCGGUCCAGCGAAUUUUAGUUGCAAAACCCAUUAUGUUCCGGGGCGAGGUGCGCCUGAACGUGGAAGAGAAAAAAACCAGAGCGGCUCGGGAGCGAGAGACCCGCGGCGGGGGCGACGACCGCAGGGAUCUCCGCCGCAACGACAGAGGCCCCGGCGGGCCCCGGGGAAUCGUGGGGGGCGGCAUGAUGAGAGACCGGGACGGAAGAGGACCUCCCCCCAGGGGGGGCAUGGCACAGAAACUCGGCUCCGGACGAGGAACCGGGCAGAUGGAAGGCCGUUUCACUGGACAGCGCCGCUGAAAUCUCCACUGGGGGCAGACAGUCUUGGCAGUGGUACAUUAUCCAUCGUGUUUGCAUUCUUGUUAAUUUUUUUUGGCUUUGGAAUGUGACACAGCCCUUCUGAUCAUUUCUUUGAUGUGAAAGCAUCCUUUGGUUUCCAGUUUAAAUUGAGGUGGACGUUCUUUCCCCAGUUUCACAACAGGAGUCACACUAUUAAUUUAUAAAUGUAGACUUGGAGAAUUGAGGACUGAAAAAAAAGAGAAGAAAAAAAGACCGGUUAACUAUCUGCAACAAAAGUGAACUAAAGGACACGCCCAGUAGAAUUCAGGUCCUUUCAGUCCAAAACCCUCUGCUGCACAUUUUGUGUAAGUGUUGCCGUUUCUGCCUACUACUGUUGGAAACACAAAUAGUGCAAUUUGUGCAAUUGGAGAAGCUUGCCUUUUUUUUUUUCCUUCUUAGAACACUCGGCUCCAAACCAACUCGUGUUUACGCACUCAUCAAAAUGCACUAAUGGGUCCUCUGAACUCAUUUAUACUGACAGCUGCAGGAGGCAUCGGAGGGAAAGCCUUCAUCCUCUGACUCAGACAGAAUAGCUUGGGGAACGGUGCGGGCGUCCGCUCUGCUUGCUGUGACCAACCUCUGUACACACACAAACCUUAACGAGACUACACCUUUGUUCCAGAAGGAAUCCAUUUAGCUGUAAACUAACCAGAACCCAGAGUUUCCGAGUCGUAACCCUGAGUACGCAACAAGUUUGAUAGCUCACGUCAGAUUUUUCUAUCUGCCCCUCUUCAGUGCAGGGAUGGCUGCUCAACACACUCCUCCUUCCCCUUUCCCCUUCGAGAAGCGUUGUACAGUGAAACUUGUCUUGACUGUAUUUGAGUUCUCUGGUAAUGUAAUAAGCAUGAUGGUGCCUUCUAUGAAUACAUCAUUCCAGUCUCGCUGGUGAUUUUGUACAGUAUAGUGUAUGAAGUACUGUGCUGCAAAGCCAAGUGGCUGCAAAGCAUUUAAAGGAAAUAAUUGGAGAAUUGUAUUAAAAAAAAAAAUUGCAGUAUCUUUCAAUGAGUAAACAUUGCUAAAAUG